AUGGCUCGAUCUUCUUCAGGAGGAAGAGUAGACAUCUCCGCUACUACGAAGAAGAUCGAUGUAGAUAACGGAAUAUCAUUGCAGUAUUACUUCCGCAUCGCGAAUAAUGUUCUCAAGCAGGCUGACAUCUUCCGGGAAGAAGGAAAUAUUGUUGACUUGUAUGUUAUGCUGCUUAGAUUUUCAAGUCUGGUCACUGAGACAAUUCCUUGCCAUCGAGACUAUAGAACAUCUGCAAACUUCAAUAGAAAUUAUCUCAAAGGGAGAGUAAUAACUGCACUGACUGAGCUUGAGGAAUUGCGACCAGCCGUUCAAGCAAAACUUGAGGAAUUACGAACCAAACAAAUUUAUCAACUAAACAAGCAGCAAAGUUCUUGGAAAAAUGACACUCAGGUAUCUUCAGUUGAAUGGCCUGCCGUCAAACAAAACUGGAAGAGUUAUAAUACAACGAAGACACUGCAGCCAGUUUCUAGCAAAUAUGGGUAUCAAGGUUUGAAGCCUGAUUCGCACAUGAAACCCGUGGUGGAGCAUCUGCACCGAACAUCAUUAAGUCUUCCCCGUCCAAAGGAGGAAACACUUUCUAAACAUUCUAUCUUAGGCCCAAAUGGGCUUCGUGGGCAAUGGCAACCUCCUAGUAAUUAUAAGGUGGUACGAAAAUCUCCUGCUAUAUAUGAUAUUAUGGUUAGUAACAGUCCGCAUGCUAUCAAAGAUGAGACCACAACCAGGGAGGAUGAUGUUAACUCAGAACAAGAAAAAUCAAAUCUGGAAGCUGUGGUUCAACCUAAAAAUGAUGGCCACCUAAUCAAGGAAUCUGAUUCUCUAAUUUCUUUUGAAAGUGCUGAAAGUUCUGCACCAAUCGAAAUUAUCAGGCAACCCUCUCCUCCUCCUCUUCUAGCUGAUGUACAGGAUUUGGUCCCAACAUCAACUGCAGCAACUCAGGCAGAAUGUGGAAUGGAAAGCUCUUCAACUGAUGCUUUACCUUGCUCUGAAGAACCCCUGCAGUUGCAUAUAUCAACUGAACUGAUGAACAGUUUUAUGAAGCUAGCGAAGUCAAACACAGAUAAGAACUUAGAAACAUGUGGAGUCCUUGCUGGUUCCCUUAGAAACAGAAAGUUUUUCAUAACUGCCCUCAUUAUUCCGAAGCAAGAAUCGACAUCGGAUUCAUGUCAGACAACAAAUGAGGAGGAAAUAUUUGAAGUGCAGGAUAAGCAGUGUCUUUUUCCACUGGGAUGGAUUCAUACGCAUCCUACUCAGUCUUGUUUCAUGUCAUCAAUCGAUGUUCACACCCAUUACUCUUACCAGAUGAUGUUACCAGAAUCUAUCGCGAUCGUCAUGGCACCAAAGGACAAUUCAAGAACCCACGGCAUAUUCCGGUUGACCUCAGGUGGAAUGACAGUGAUUAGGCAAUGCCCAAGGCGUGGGUUUCAUUCACACGAACCUCCUUCGGAUGACUCGACAGGGCUGCUCACAUCAGAUGGUUAUGCGAGGCUUGCGGCUGACAUGCAUCGUUCGAAGGUGCGUCACGCCAGUCACCUCGCUGCUGCUGUGGCUAGCGAUGGGUGUCGCUCGACUGCGGGUUGCGGUCGUGGCGUAUGGUGGCGCGGGGCUACGGUCGCGACGUGCGGUGGCGCGAGGCGUGCAACUGAUCAUGGUGGUUCAUAG